AGUCACAUUCUUGCCUCACCAGUGUUGUUCAACUGUUGUGAAUUGCUUGGUAAAGAUUAGAUGUUCGUCGUAGAAUCCGCGUUUUUAGUUUUUUUUCUAACACACUGUUCUACGUUUUAGCUGAUGAGUUUUACAUUUUAUGAUAAUUCUAGUGUGGCACCCCAUUUAAGAAGUUCUGUUUCAUCAGGACAUUUUCUCGUCAGUCCAGAGAGCUCGAGCAAAACUGUGUCAGGUUUCAGGAGUGAUAGCGUUUGUCCUCAUGCAGGAGACUCACGUCUUAGGCACCGACUGCUAUGAUAUAAUUUCUCUGUCCAACACAGAACCCUCGAGUCAGAUGUAUAGAACUGAAAACUUCACUUUCAAAGAUUCGGUUCAUAACUACUUAAAGUAUGUUCUCAUUAAAAUUUCUGUAUGAAAACCCAAUCGGCGCUCUAAUCACCAAGCACCGAUCAAGAAAAGGUGAAGUUGUGCGUGCCAGUAAAUGUUUUUCAUCCAUCAGUGAUCCUCUGUGGGAAUCUUACGUUCGUUCAAUACCACAAGCUCAGUAUUAUCGUAAUGUACUGAUGCAAGGAUAUUUUGUACCGCCAUCCAUCUUGGAAGGACUAGAAAAUUUUGAAAUAAGGCCUCAUGACAUAUUUAUUAUCACUUAUCCAAAAUCUGGCACGACAUGGACGGAAGAAAUUAUCUCUCUUAUUUAUAACGGUGGGGAUACAAAGAAAGUACAAAAAAAGUUACUGAUUUUUCGUGUGCAUCAUUUGGAAGUGGGAAGACCGAUUGGUCAUCUUCGCUUUCUACGAAAACUUAGAUCACCUCGUUUGAUGGCCACCCAUCUUCCCCUUGAUCUAAUUCCGAAACAGUUACGGGAAGCGCAAUGUAAGGUUAUAUACGUGAUGAGAAAUCCGAAAGAUAAUGUUGUAUCUUAUUAUCAUCAUCAUCAGAUUUCUACUUCUCUUGGAAACUACACUGGUUCUUGGGACGAUUUUCUUACAUUGUUUUUAAAGGGACACUUGGUUUAUGGCUCUUGGUUCGAUCAUGUUCUUUCCUACUGGAAGUUUCACCAGCAACACCCAGAGAAAGUCCUUUUUAUAUCGUAUGAAGAGCUGAAAAUGGACCUGGAAAGAAUGAUAGAACGUAUAGCUAAUUUCCUAGAUCGGCCGUUACACCCAGAAGCCAUAAAAAAUAUUGCCCACCAUUGUAGUUUCGACCAAAUGAAAAAUAAUAACAUGGUAAAUCGUGAACAACUUCCUGUCACAGAUUUUUUCAACAUGUCACACACAAAAUUCAUGAGAAAAGGAAUUAUUGGUGACUGGAAGAAUUAUUUCACUCCCGAACAAAACGAAACAUUUGAAAAAGUGUGUAAAGAGAAGAUGGCUGGUUCAGGCUUACACUUGGUAUUCGAACCAAGUGAUGCCUAUAAACGAAUGCAGGCGCACGGCCGGAUAAUUGAUUCCCCAAAUAGAAGCUGUGAGGAACUAGAUUCAGUUUCAGAUCAUAAUUAUAAUGAACUAGAAAGUGAAACCAAGUUAUCCGAUACUGCUACUUCGUGUGCCACACAUAUUUACGCGCAACUUCCGAACAAAGAUUUUCCUGAGACUGAGCGAAAUACAAAACGCAGCGAUGUUUUAGCAGUCAAUGGAAACGAAUAUCUUGAGAAUCUGGAAUUUGCAGAAAACAUGAACUUAUACGAAAGUAUUAGAGAAACUUCAAAUACUGGUUUUUCCGAAAGUGUUUUUGUAAGCAAAUUCUCUAAAUCACAAGAACCUAAAGAACACAAUGGUCAGUGCACCAAUGAUAUCAUUGAUUAUACAGAUAAUUCAAUAUAUGGGCAGAUUUAAGAAAUUGGUAUUGCUGUGGAGGAAAUAAUUACUGUUUAUGUUUCACAUCGU